UCUCAUUCAAGCAGUUUCUCCCACAAGUUUCUCUUGUUUCUUCAAGUUCUCCAUCUUCUUCGGGUUUCAGGUGCGUAGGGUUUGAUUUAGUCAAGUUCCUUCAGUUUGCAAGAUCAAUUUUUUUUUGAAGUAUGUAAGCUUCUCGGUGUUAUUCUUUAGUUUUCCCACUCCUUGUUUUUUAUUUUCUUUUUCCCCACUAUAGAUUAUGAUAGUCUCUAUAUUUUUUAAUCAGUGAUCUUCUACACCUAUACAUAUGCGUGUGUAUGUGGCUAUAAAGGAACAAAGGAAAAAAGGGUUUAACACAACAUUAAUGGGAGUAGGGGGAUUAUUACGUUGUCUGUAUACUUCUCUUCUCUUUCUGAUUUUAUUAAUUUUUUUAAAAAUAUUUCACGUUCAUGUACACUUGCAAUGCUCUAGAAAAUGAGAAAUCACAAGGGAAUGAAGGUUGCUAUUGGGGAAACUUCAAACAAAAAUGAUAGAUCGGAUGUCUCUCCUCCCCCGGGCUUCCAUCCUUGUCUUAAGGAAAAGAGAGACGUUACGUGGGAAACAUCAAAUGCUGAUAAUGGUCGUGAAGUUUCUCCCCCUCCAGGCUUCCCUUUUCGUCCUCGAGAAGAGAGAUUUGCUUCUUGGAAAACUUCUAUUAUUAAAUUAGAUGAUCGUGAAGUACUCUCUCUUCCUCUUAGUUUUUCUCCCCGUCAUAAGGGAAACAAAAUUGCCACUUGUGAUAAUAAUGAUGAUGAUCGUGAUGUCUCUCCCCCACCUGGCUUCCCUCCCGGUCAUAAGAGAGAGAGAGUAGCCACUAGGAAAGCUUCUAGUGAAGAUGAUCGUGAAGUCUCUUCCCAUCCUGGCUUCCCUCCCCAUCAUAAGGUGAAGAGAGUUGCCACUUGGGAAACUUUAUAUACUAAUGAUGGUCGUGAAGUCUCUCCCCUUUCAAGUUUCCCUCCUGGUCACAAGGGAAAGAAAGUUGCCACUUGGAAAAUUUCAAAUAUUGAUGAUGAUCAUGAAAUCUCUUUCCCUCCAAGCUUCCCUCCCUGUCACAAUGGAAAGAGAGUCGUUGACACUUGGGAAACUUCUGAGAAAGAUGAUCGUGAAGUAUCUCUGCCUCCAGGUUUUCCUCCUCAUAAAAAGUCUCCUUCAAUGUUUGAGAUGGAUAGAUGGAAAUUAUAUCAGAAGGUGUGGAAUAAUAUUGCAGAAAGUAACGCUAAACUUCACUCCAUUGGUGGAGAGAAAACUAAAUCAGCUCCAGUACUUCUCCCUUCACUACCCAAAGUUGUUGCUGUCAAGAUCGUAGAGAGAUCAGAAGAUAGAACAAAAAAUGAAAAAGAUUCAUCUCCAAAUAUUAUGAUCCCUUCAAAAGGAAAAGAAAAGUUAACCCCAGUACUCCCAGUCAUUCCAAGACCUACUGAUCAGAAAUCUGCCAAACAACACGAUAUUGUUCCCCACACCAGUACCAAUUCUAUUUCUACCAUACCCAGCAAGAUUUCUACUCAUCAUCAUGUAACUUCAAUCCCUUCAGCUCCUUUCGGCUUAGCAGAAUCCAAUAAUUUUUUGAAAACCGGCCCAGAAAAGUUCUAUCCUCAUAUAACAGCAAAUUCUCUUAAACUGAUUUCCUUGUUGCUUUGCCAAGGAUUUGGUUAUUCCAAUCCAAGAUCUGAUUUUACAUUUGCACGCCAAAGGCUUUCCUUACUCCUCCCCAUAAAUAUCCAGGUAUUGCUUGAUCCUGUCAAAUCAAAAGAAAUUGUAGAUCUUUCUGCCAUUCUACAAAAGGAUACUACCUUGGGUGCUAAUCAAGUUGCGAUGCUGAAGCUGAUCAGUGAGGAGAUUCCUUCUUUGAGUAAGGAGGUCCUUCAAAUCCAGGAACGAGUGGAACAGUCCUUGGUUGAUCUUAAAUCCAACUCCUUCAAAGUUGCUUGUUUGUGCAACGAAUACUCUAAGUCUAAGGAGAAACUUAGAACUCUUCAAGCUGAGAUAGAUGCUGAUGUUGCUAAUAUGCAAGAGUUUGGUAUUGAAAUCGAAGCCCCCAGUGCCCGCCAUUCUCUACUUGUUUGUUCGUUGGAGAUGAAGAAGAAGGCAGUAGUUGAAGUAGAGUCAUUUCUUGAAGAUAUUAUGAGCAAAAUUCACAAGAUUUCCAUGACAUAAUAGUACUUGCAUUUUCAAGGAGAGAAGAACGGGAGGAGAAGAAAAAGUUACAGACUGAUCAUCUUCUCAACGUGCAAAAUCCAUGCCAUGCUUGAUCUCCUGAAUGGUUUUACAAUUUAAGUUUUUAGAGUUUUAUGAUGACAGUCUUUCUGCGUACCAUGUGAACUUCGAAAAAUGACGGAUCGAUCAAGUGCAAUCUUUGUUGCAACAGUUUUUAUAUAUUUUACAAGCUUUAUAUAUAUAUAUAUAUAUAUAUAUUAUAAAAUUACUCUGUAAAAUAGGAUUGUGAAA